AUGGACGCGAUCAUUCGAAUGGUCCGAGAGACCCAAGAGGGCCUCUCCGACGAGGCGCUCAUGCCCCUGAAGUCUUACAAGUACUCCAGCGUGGACAAGUCCCCCAUUUCGAACUACAUUCUGCGACACUACUGGAAUGCCUUCGUUGAAUUGCUGCCCAUGUGGCUCGCGCCGAACAUGGUCACUCUCCUCGGAUUUUUCUUCAUCAUUGGCAACGUGUUCCUGAUCUGUAUCGUGAUGCCCGAUCUGCAGGGUCCAGGACCGUGGUGGUUGUACAUCAGUUUUGCGAUCGGUGUCUGGAUGUACUCGACUCUGGACAAUGUGGACGGUAAACAGGCACGCCGAACCGGAACUUCCAGCGGGCUGGGAGAGUUGUUUGAUCACGGAAUCGAUUCGCUGAACUGCACCCUCGCCAGUCUUCUCGAGACUGCCGCAAUGGGCUUUGGUGCUUCCACUCUGGGUGCUUGGACUGCGCUUGUGCCGUGUCUGGCCAUGUACUUCUCGACUUGGGAGACUUUCCACACCCACACUCUGUACCUGGGCUACUUCAAUGGCCCUACUGAGGGUUUGAUCAUCGCUGUCUCGAUCAUGAUCGCCUCAGGCAUUUGGGGACCUGGUAUUUGGUCGCAGCCCAUCACCGACUUGAUCAACAUCCCGGCGCUCUUCGGCGACAACUCCGUGAAGGAUCUCUGGAUUCCCAUCCUCCUGGGCGGCUUCUUCCUGGCCCAUCUGCCUGGAUGCGUCUACAACGUCUACGUCGCUCGUCGCAAGCAAGGCCUGCCUCUUGCUCCUCUUCUGAAGGAAUGGAUUCCUAUGAUUGGUUUCACCCUUUGCUGUAUGCUCUGGAUGUUCUCCCCCUACUCUGGCAUUCUGAAGGAGAACCACCUAGUCCUCUUCUGCUGGACUAUCUCCUUCGUCUUCGGCCGCAUGACUACCAUGAUCAUCCUAGCCCACCUGCUCAAGCAGGAAUUCCCCUAUUGGACUGUUCUGCAGGCUCCUCUUGUCCUCGGUGCUUUCCUGGUGAACCUGCCUCGCAUCGGCAUCCCUUUCCCCACGUGGCUCGAGCUGUGGUAUUUACGUCUGUUUUUCGUUGUGGCCUUCGUCCUGUACUCUUACUGGGCGGUCCUGGUCAUCAACCGCAUCACCACCUUCCUCGGUAUCAACUGCCUCACCAUCCGUCGGGACCGAUCCGCUGAGCGGGACCGUGCCUAUCGCGAAUUUGGCGAGUCUGGCCUCCCCCUGAACGGCGGGCGAGACAGCAUCCAAAUUGCUGACGAUGAGGAUGAUGGCUUCAAAAGCCACUAA